AUGGCCGCCAGCAGCAAAUCGCCGCCGCCCGUCAUGAGGCCUAGCUUGGACGGACCACCACUCGAGGCAUACACCUACACUACACCUUCCACCACCACCGCCGCGUCUUUCCCCGACAACAGUGGCAGGAAUAAUACAUCUGUGGGAGUACCGAUGAUACAAGCUGCAAACGAGACCAGUGCGAAUCUAGCGGCGGGGACCCGAUCCUUCUCUCCGUCACCCAUACGGACACAAGUGCGAUCAGCCUCGAAUCCCGUAGGGAACCAUGCGCUGAACAGCGUGCGGUCAAACCCAGUGCUACUUCCUUCUCGACAGGCCGGAUCAGUCAAGCAUAUUGCGAACAAAUUCGACCAGGGAGCCGCUGCGGCAGGAGCUCCUCCACCACCACUGCGAGUGCAAACAACACAGGAGAGGUAUCGGAGGGCGCGGGUGGACAAACCUCGAUCACCGACCGGCGCAAAAGGCGAAGCGGGCAUGGUAAAGCUGCAGAAAAGGCGGCCAGGCCAGCCCAAGUCUCCUCAGAGAUCGCCUGCAACAUCUUUCGAGACCAAUGGCUCUUCUUUCUGCUCCAAUGCGACCCUAACAAGUUCUCGGAGCCAGCCACAAAGUGCGUCAAGUCCAAAGCGAGCCAGAUCACCAGUCAAGAAAGCUGCAUACCCCAACAAUAAGCCACUUUUCGGCGAGUUGACUGCGGAUGGCUGGCACGGCAAUUUUGCACUCCCGAGCUAUGGCGGACCGCCAUCUUUCGAAGCGACUCCCCGACGAGGAAGCGAUGGAAGUAUUGCGCUAGGUCAUGUGAGGAGUCAAUCGCAUCAGAACAUCACGCGCAAAGCACUUUCACCUCCCAUAAAUCACAAACUCCAGCAUAAACGGAGUAGAAGCGAGAUGGACACACCACAACCACAGACCGCACCGAGCAUGCCGAAUCUGAGUGCGUAUAGAUUGCCAGAUCUUUAUCCUACACCACCGAAUUCUGGCACACGAAAUGAGCUGCGGAAAGACUCUCCCACAUCGCGUCUGCCGGUGAGCAGUAGACGACAAUCUCAAGAUUCGGCGGGUGGCACAUCCUCUGCACCGUAUCCACGUUCAGCUUCAGCCAUGUCGAAUAGAGAAAGAUCUAGAUUAUCAAAGUCGCCUACGAGAAUGAGACAAGCAUUUGGUAAGGAGAACAAUGCUCCUGUGACGACACCACGAAGUCGAUACCAGCCAGCGCCAUUAAGCUCUGCACAAUCUGGUCAGACGCUAUCCGCGAAGAUUGUAGCACCGCCUGCGAAAACCUCACCUCCACUACGAUCCUCUCGUCCACGACAACCUGUAAGUGCAGCCACGACUUCAGCCAGCCGAGCUAGAGCCGCAGAAAGGUUCCAGAACCCACCUCUCAAAGACAGCAGAAGACCGAGCGAACAAUGGCUCGGCAAACCGUACGAUCCGCAGAAAGAGAGAACAAGACGGAAAAUACCGGAGCUUGGGAAGGUAGAUUUCGCGGAACGCCGAGCGAGGAUACAGAAAGCGAUAUCGCAGAAUUUAGAGGAGAAUGAGGCGAAAGAGAGCCUGGUCACACGAUCACGGCAAGCAUCAGUAGCAAGUGAGCAAGCAUCUGCGGGUGCUGAUCAUGCCGCGCUGAAUGCUGUCGACGGAAAGCAAGCUCGAAUAUUGGAUGAAGAAACUGCUCAGAUAGAGGAGGUGCAGCCAGUGCCAGAACAAAAUCGACCCAGAGGCCUGAGCGUAAAUACUAGUGCAGUCCCUUUGCGAGAAGGAGAAGAGCCGGAGCCGAAGACUGCUGCCACAGAUGCCACAGAGUUCGAGGUUGAUGAGAGUCCCAUUCUUGGCAGACUACCGCAACAAGCAGCGCCUGCACCAGAGCUAUCGACACGGGUUGAAAUCGUGCCGGACGAGCCUGUUCUCCUGUCGGCGGCAACAUACCAGCCUCCUGCGAGACCAUUCACGCUGCCCUCACAGAGACCUGUUGAAGAUGCGGAGCCUCAGCAGGUACAAAGUCCGAGCAUACUUGAGAACAUCCGGCGUAUGCGAGAGCGCAGCGAGUCUUCGUUGAGCAGAGACGAGACAGACUUCCCGGACGACAGCCCUUCUGCUGAUGACAGCCCAAGCGGCAUAGAGGACCGAUGGGGCCUAGCGCAUGGCCUUGGAAACGCCGAUCAAGGUUCUAUUCAGAUCAUGCUUGAUGGCGGUUCAGCGCCAAAAGACAUGGAAGGGCCUUGGUCGAAGGGCAUGCGACCUGAAUACUACGAGCAAUCCUCGAAGCUCGCUGAUCACGAAGCACUUUAUCAGUCAGAUGGCUUCGUCGACUCGCCAGUAGAGAAUGGUACGGCUCACUCCGUGGACGAAGCAUCGGAGGCCACACCUCGUAAACCGCAACGCGAUGACACUAUCAAGCCUGGCAAGCCUGCAUCGGCCAUGGCCUUCACGGCUACAAGCCAAGAUCUCGAGCACGAUGCUGCUUUGGCGCGAGCAUUCGACGAUUAUCAGACCAAUGGCCGCGUUGCACCCGAGAUCCUGGAGUACAUUCAAGGUCAUAGUGUGGAUCUGCAGCGACUGUCAGCAAAUGGAGGAUCGGAUGCGCACAUGGUGCAGAACUUGCUAGACAGUAUGCUUGACGCUAGAGCAGCGCCUGUCCCAGCCUUAGAGUCCGCAAAUAACCACGACACGUUCGAUGGCGAGCUGCUUCUACCGAUGCAGUAUGAGAUCCCACCAGUCACGCCAGAUACACCUCCAGAUGCCGCCAUGGCUGGAGGCACUGCGCUCGUGUACAGCCAGAGCACUAGCCUCGACGAGCCACUGGAACAGAACGACGAAGAUUUCCAGGCACGGAUCCGUAAGGCAGACGAGAAGUGGGAACGGGAGCAAGGAAGCGAGGACAACACACUACAUAUAGAUACAGGCAUGGCGCCUCCACCUCCACCAAAGGACAUCGGCUACACGCCACGAUCGAGCACUGGGCCACUCAGUGCCACCUUCCCACCGUUCAACGGAGACGCCCUACACAUAUCGACAAGCAACGACAUGAACCGAGAAGUCAUGGCUGCGGGUGAUAGUGUGGCAAACACUCCACCGGAAGAGCAAAGGGCUUCGCCAAAGAUUGCUCCACCUGCGCCAGCCUAUGCACCUCCUCCUCCACCACCUACGACUUCCUCACCAAGCAUAUCACGAUCACCCUUCGGCAUACCCGAGGUUCCUCAGAUACCAGCCUCGUACCGUGAAAGGGAGACGGAUUCAUCGGAAAUGUCUCCCUUGGCUCGCAAGGCCUACUGGCCUGGUACAGCUUCGAGCUCGACCCGCCCGUCUGUGGACAGUGUACGACAGGGUGGUCCGCCUUCGCUUCCAGGUGCGCAGUCGAUGUCGUCCGUGGCAGGAUCAGCUCGACACAGCUCGAUAGAUGCCGAUGGGGCAGACAGUCAGACGAAAUUGGUCAAGACUGUCUCUCCCGGGCCUGAGCAGAAGCGGCUAUCGAAGCGAAAGAAUAUCAUCAAGGAGCUGCUUGAUACCGAGAAUAGUUACCACCAGGAUCUCAAGAUCAUCGAGGACAUCUACAAGGCCACUGUUGGCGAUCUCGUCAACGCUGAUGACAAGCGCAUACUGUUCGGUAACUGUGAUGAGAUCGAGCAGUUCUCUUUGCACUUCUACGAUGAGCUGCGAAGGGCUGUAGCGCCUAUGUACGUGCCGGCGAAACAAAUGCGUUGGGCGAACAAGCGAGGCAGCUACUCUACUAUGCAGAGUGAUGGCACAGGUCAGACUUCCGUGAUGAGCUCAGAGAGCGUCGACGACGAGAAAGAUCGUGCCACGAGCAUCGGGCGCUGCUUCUUGACCAACCUACAUCGAAUGGAUCUGGUAUAUGGAGCUUACCUGAAGAAUCACGAUGCGGCGAAUCAGCGGCUUACAGUUCUGAAGGCCAUGCCAACAGUGAAGUGCUGGCUCGAUGAGUGCCACAACAAUGCUAGCGACAUAACGUCUGCAUGGGAUCUGGACUCGCUACUCGUCAAGCCGACCCAGAGAGUCGCGAAGUACCCACUCAUGCUACACCAGCUGCUCGAGACGACGCCUUCGGAUCACCCUGAUCAUGAUGCGCUGAAGGCUGCUGCCAAGGAUGCUGUAGGUAUGCUUACUCGCAUCAACGAGGCCAAGAAGCGAGCAGAUCUUGUCGAUCAGAUCAUCAAUGGCAAGAACAAGGACGGAGACGUGCGAAGUGGUAUUGCCAAGGCCUUCGGUCGGCGAACUGAGAAGCUCAAGGAGCGCGUGGGCAUUGCGGAGGCAUUUCAAGAUGCAGAGUUUGACGAGCUCUCGCAUAAGUUCGGUGGUCAUUUUAUCCGCCUGCAAAUUUGUAUGCGAGAUGUCCAAGACUAUCUGCAUCGCAUCGACAAGGGUAUGGAUCAGAUUACAAACACCGCUGCAGCACUGGACCUCUACACCGAUGUCGCACCAAGCAGUCUGCCGGAGAUCGAGAGCAAAUGGCGACGCUACGGUCAAGCAGUGCGCGAAAUAUCUGCCAUCGCCUUUCCCGAUCACAAAGCAGCUGUCUACAAGCGCGUCGUCCAACCCAUGAUCACUUGCAUCAAGCUGCACGAAGGCCCACAAAACGCCAUCAACAAGCGUAAGAAGCGGAUAGUGGACUAUGCCAAGUGCAAGUCCAUCGAAAAGCGUGGCGAGAAACCCGACAAGAAGACCAUCGAGGCCGCAGAGAUGUACAUGGCGAUUAACGACCAGCUCAAGAUCGACCUGCCGAAGCUGUAUUCGCUUACCGCGAGCUUGGUCCAAGCAUGUCUGACUUGCUUCUUGGAUAUCCAGCUAACGUGGUACAACAUGUGGGAGCGCAAACUGAAGCCUAUUCUCGAGGAUUCGCAGAUCCCGACGAGCAUUGAGCAGAUCGAGCCUGCUUUUCGACCGGACUACGAUAUUGUUAAGAGCAGACUGUUGGAGUUGUCGAUAUGCAAUGGUGCACUUCUGGCGGACUCGGCAAAUUUCCUGUCGCCUGCGAAUACCAUUGUCGCGGAUUCGGAGUUGUCGCUGAAGAGGCCGUCUACGCUGGACUCUAAGAGGACACAAUCGAUUAGCAGUGAUCAUUCGCCAAAUCUGCAGCCGAUCAACAAGCGGCACAGUAGCGGUUAUGUGCAUGGAUAUGAUGGCACGCCUGGUGGACCACGAGAUGGAGGACGCAUCAGAUCAAAUUCGUCUCUUUCGACCCGUGGCACACCGUCGCAAACUCCAGCGUCAGGCAUCUCGGCAAAUCGACCCUGGUCCAACGCCAAUACACCUAGCUCGUCCUUCUCGGCCAGCCGCCCCUCAACAGCCAAUCCACAAUCGGUCGCCCUGUCCGCCUUCCAACGACCCACCCGCCCUAGCCUCGACACUGGACAAAGUCCCCGCCCAGGCUCAGGCCAAACCUACUUCACCGCCAGACCGGAACUCGACACUCAACGCUUCUCCGGCCUCUUCUCCUCCGCCCUGCCUCCUGAGCUCCAGCUCGAAGUCGGUCGUCCCGUGACCCCGACGCCCGAGACGCCGGACAUGCAGGUCAUGUUCGUCUGCGCCAGUUUGUUCGAGUUCAGCAUCGACAAGACGAGGAAGGAGGCGGGGUAUCCUUACCUUACAUAUGUGCAGGGAGAAGUGUUUGAUGUUAUUGCGCAAAAGGGCGAGCUGUGGUUGGCGAAGAAUCAGGAUGAUGGGGGGAAUAUGCUGGGGUGGAUAUGGGAGCAACAUUUUGUUAUUUUGUCGCAGGAGUCGUGA